AUGUCGCUUCUUCCACCGACGCAGUUCAGGCGGUACAUGGAGUAUACAGCCAGCAGUCAAGAGAAGGGUUUUGAGUUUUGGCGUGACGUGAUUGCCGAUUCUCCUAUGACUGUUUUGACCGAUACGAGUAACGCGGCUUGUUAUCGGGAGGUGUCACCUUCGAAGACCUUGCACUUGUCAAAGAUCGUCGACGUUCCCAGCCAGGCCAUCCGCAGCAGCAUCGCUACGCAGGCGACGGUGUUCAACUCGGCUUGUGCUUUGGUGCUCUCGAAAGAGUCUGGGUCUAGCGAUGUUGUCUUCGGUCGCAUUGUCUCAGGUCGUCAGGGAUUACCGAUCAAUUGCCAGGACAUCAUCGGCCCUUGCACAAACGCCGUUCCCGUUCGCGCACACAUAGGCACAGACGAGAAUCAUCACCAGAUGCUUCGCGACAUGCAAGAUCAAUACCUACGAAGCUUGCCAUUUGAGACCCUCGGCGUCGAGGAGAUCAAGCGCAACUGCACAGACUGGCCUGACUCUACCACGAAUUUCGCAUGCUGUGUUACAUACCAUAACUUUGAGUAUCAUCCCGAGAGUGAAGUGGAUCAGCAACAUGUUGAGAUGGGGGUCUUGUCGAAGCAUGUUGAACUCAGGAAGGAUGAGCCGCUGUAUGACUUGGCAAUAGCGGGAGAGGUUGAGCCUGAUGGGAUGAGCUUGAAGGUUACGCUUAUUGCGAGAGCGCAUUUUUUUGAGGAGGAGAGGGUGCAAUUUUUCUUGGAGGAGGCUUGCAACACAUUUCAGACGUUGAACCUUUCUUUGUAA